AUGCCAUCUCGACCUCGCCCUCGCCGGCCGGCAAUGUUCAACACUCCAGCCAUCCGUACAGGCGGCAUGGGCGCUCUCCAAGUCGAAUCCCUCACCAACCGACCCCUCUCCAUCCAGCGCCGCCACAUCGCCGCCUCGCAACUCCGCAUGCGCGAAAUCGAACCCGAUGAAUUGAGUCAGAGCCAGUGGGUCCAGUUUCUGGUCAUGGAAGGUCGAGAACGUGAGCGCUGGAUCGCCGACUUUUCCAGACGAAGGCGGGAGAGCUCGGCUUCUUCCUCUUCAUCUUCUUCGGAUUCAGACAAUUCUCAACCACAACGCAGACCGGACAGGGAAACGGCAUACCACAAAGAAGAAGAAGCUCGAGCCGAAGCUGCUGAUGCUGCAAGAAGAGUCGCUGCACCUGUCUCCAGUACUCCCGCCGCUCUGCCUCCUAUGAUGCCUUCCCCAACCCCCGGCUCUACACCUUUCGUCAGUUUGUGGGUGAGGCAUUUGGAGGAUGUGGAAAAUGGCGUCGCGGAUACCUAUACAGUCCGACGGCCCAGACAUUUGCGACGGAGCGUGGAUACCAUGGAUAUGCCGCCGCCGGCAUAUGGGAGUAUCGUGGCGCCGCCACCGGCUUAUGAGCCGAGGAGUGAUGAUGAAGGGAGCUCGGGAGAGGGAAGCCGGGCGAGAUUGAGGAGGUGGACUAGUGAGCAUUUGGGUCGAUCUUGA